UAAAGUUCAGAGACUUCUACACAUCAAAGAGAAUAGCAUUUUGAAGCUGAGAGAUACUAUGGAAGAGAGAAUGUCAGGCUUUUGUAUUACAAAAGCAAGAAAUGUUCGUGGCAGUGGUGGUGGUGGUGAUAGUGGUAAUAAAUGCAGCACUGGAGCUAAGUGCGGACGUUGGAAUCCUACUUCUGAACAAGUUAAAGUUCUGACUGAUUUGUUCAGGUCCGGUCUCCGAACUCCGAGCACUGAUCAAAUCCAGAAGAUCUCUUCUCAGCUUAGUUUCUAUGGAAAGAUUGAGAGCAAGAACGUAUUUUACUGGUUUCAAAACCACAAAGCUAGGGAAAGGCAGAAGCGGCGGAGGGUCUCUGUCGAUGAUAAGGACAUGAUGAUUCGUCGAGAAGACAAUCUUUCGUCCUCUGCAAGAUAUUUUUCUGAGAUAAGUCAGUUUACUGAGCCAGAACGAGUGAUCGAAACUCUCCAGCUAUUCCCAUUAAACUCAUUCAGUGAAGGGGAAUCAGAGAAGCUUAUAUUUCAAUCAAAUGAAUGUAAGGAACCCACAUCUUUUUCCUACACAUGUGGCACGGAAAUGGAUCAUCCACCAUUGGAUCUGCGAUUAAGCUUCCUGUAAAAAAAUCUUGGUUGGAGGAAUGUUUUUGCCAGGGUUUAGCAUGAAGGGUAGUAAUUAACGGGGAUUGUAAGAUCAAAAAUGGUGACCAGUUAGUUGUGAUUGUUUAAUUAAUUGUUGGUAUUAAAUAUUAGAAAUGCUUCAACA